AUGAAACUGGGUCUGCUUCUUUUGUAUUGUUUGACAGUCAUGUUAAAGAUCUUAUUCACCGCGGAUCAAGGACGCCAAAAGAUCCCUGAUGAGUUCAAUAUGAUGCUUAAUAGGAAGUUUGUUUUUAAAGUUCAGAUUUCAAAGUUUAAUCUCGAGAACAAUUAUCACGCCUACACCGUUCAUAAGAUGACUAAUGAUGAACUUGUAGUUGGUGCAGUUUUCAAACAUUCACCUGCAUACGAAGAAAACAAUAUUCAUUCUAAUGGUACUCCUAUCAACAAGUCUAUUAAGGAAAAGAGUGUUUCUGUUGAAGGCGACAAUAUUAAUGUUGUUGAUCUUGAUGUGGUGACACCGACAACUACUUCACUGAAACGCCCUACUGAGAUUGUUACCACCACUGAAUCGUUUGAAUGGUCUUCCUCAAAAGAUGGUGUUGCUCCUCAUACCCUUAAGAUUCCAAAAAUGGAAAAACUCGAAUAUAUUUAG